CGAGCUGACAGCUUCCGGUCUGGCUUCCCCGCCCCCUGCGCGGCUGAAGCGCUCAGGCUCCAGGGUGCCUAGCCGGGCGCGGAGUCCCUGAGGCGCCUUCCGCAGCUAUGGCCUGCUCCAUUGUCCAGUUCUGCCACUUCCAGGACCUCCAGGCCGCCCGGGACUUCCUGUUCCCGCAGCUGCGCGAGGACGCCCCCAGCGGCGCCGCGCCGAGGGACCCGGGUAAAUCAGCAGGCUGGGAAGACGAUGGCUGGGGAGCAUGGGAAGAGGCAGAGCUCCCAGAACUUGAAGAAGAAGGAAGCACCUGCAAGACACAGAAGACUUCCUGGCUUCAGGACUGUGUUUUGUCCUUGUCUCCAAACAGUGACCUUAUGGUCAUAGCGCGGGAGCAGAAAGCUGUAUUUCUAGUGCCAAAAUGGAAACAGAGCCAUAAAGGAAAGGAAGAAAUGCACUUUGCUGUUGCCUGGAGCGGCACUUUAAGUGUUGAAGAAGGGGAAUCUGUGACAAGUGCUCUGUGCAUACCGCUGGCAAGCCAGAAGAGGAGCUCCACUGGGCGUCCUGACUGGACCUGCAUCGUGGUGGGUUUUACCUCGGGUUACGUGCGCUUCUAUACUGAGAGCGGCGUGCUUCUGCUUGCUCAGCUCCUGAAUGAGGACACGGUGCUGCAGCUGAAGUGCAGGACCUACGAGAUCCCCCGGCACCCUGGCGUGACGGAGCAGAAUGAAGAAUUAAGUAUCUUAUAUCCAGCAGCCAUUGUGACCAUCGAUGGAUUUAGCCUUUUUCAGUCUCUCCGCGCCUGUAGAAACCAGGUAGCAAAAGCUGCAGCGUCAGGCAGUGAGAGCAUCCAGCCUCCGCCCUUGGCCUAUAAGAAGUGGGGGCUGCAGGAUAUCGACAGCAUCGUGGACCACGCUAGUAUUGGCAUUAUGACCCUGUGCCCGUUUGAUCAGAUGAAGACAGCCUCCAACAUAGGUGGUUUCAACGCUGCCAUCAAGCACAGCCCGCCCGCCAUGUCGCAGUACAUCACUGUGGGCGCCAACCCCUUCACCGGAUUCUUCUACGCGCUGGAGGGGAGCACACAGCCGUUACUGUCUCAUGUUGCUCUCGCAGUUGCCAGUAAACUCACUUCGGCUUUAUUCAGUGCUGCCAGUGGUUGGCUCGGUUGGAAAAGUAAGCACGAGGAAGAAGCUGUCCAGAAGCAAAAGCCGAAGGUGGAGCCAGCCACCCCGCUAGCCGUAAGAUUUGGGCUUCCAGAUUCUAGACGCCAUGGUGAAAGCAUAUGUUUAUCCCCGUGUAACACGCUGGCAGCGGUGACAGAUGAUUUUGGCAGAGUCAUUUUAUUGGACGUAGCUAGAGGAAUUGCUGUACGCAUGUGGAAAGGGUACCGAGAUGCGCAGGUUGGGUGGGUGCAGAUCGUGGAGGACCUGCAGGAGCGAGCUCCGGAAACUGCCGACCCUACGCCCUUCGGGAGUAGCCAAGGCCCCAGCCGGGUGGCUCAGUUCCUUGUGAUCUAUGCGCCAAGAAGGGGGAUCCUGGAGGUGUGGAGCACACAGCAGGGGCCUCGAGUGGGAGCCUUCAAUGUGGGCAAGCACUGCCGGCUGCUGUAUCCUGGGUAUAAAAUAAUGGGCUUAAAUAACAUCACCAGCCAGAGCUGGCAGCCACAGACGUACCAGAUCUGCCUCGUGGACCCAGUGUCUGGAAGCGUGAAGACGGUGAACAUCCCUUUCCACUUGGCGCUGAGUGAUAAGAAGAGUGAGCGUGCCAAGGACAUGCACCUGGUGAAGAAGCUGGCGGCCCUGCUGAGGGUCCGGCCACCCGCUCUGGAUUCGAUUGAAGCAGAAAUAAAGGAGUUAAUUCUAGACAUUAAGUACCCUGCAACCAAAGCCCAAGCUUUGGACAGCAUCCUGGCAAGUGAGCGCCUCCCCUUCUCCUGCCUCAGAAACGUCACGCAAACGGUGACGGAUGCACUGAAAAGCCAAGAGCUGGAGUCCGUGGACGAAGGGCUGCUGCGGCUCUGCACCAGCAAACUGAAGCUGCUGCAUCUCUAUGAGUCCGUCAGCCAGUUAAACUCCUGUGAUUUCCACACAGACACGCCGUUCUCUGACAGAGACUUAGCUGUGUUGCUGAGGCUUGAUGAGAAAGAGCUGCUUAAGCUCCAGGCACUGCUCGAGAAGUACCAGCGGGAGAACAGCAGGGCUGCGGUCCGAUUCUCCGAUGACAGCGACGGCGCGCUGCCUGUCAAGACGUUCCUGGAGAGCUUGGAGUACGAGAAAGAUGUGCUCAGCGUAAAGAAGAUAAGCGAAAAGGAGUACGUGGCUCUAGGUAGUUUCUUUUUUUGGAAGUGCUUGCAUGGAGAAAGCUCCACCGAGGACAUGUGCCGCGCCCUGGAGGCCGCUGGACUCAGCCCGCAGCUGCUGCUGUCUCUGCUGCUGAGUGUGUGGCUGUCCAGGGAGAAGGCUGUUUUGGAGAAGCUGCGGUCUGUCUGCUGCCUGCACACAAUGCUGUCCCUGUUGAGCAGGAUGAAAGUGGCCAUCGACGAGACCUGGGACUCGCAGUCCGUGUCCCCAUGGUGGCAGCAGAUGCGCCUGGCCUGCAUCCAGUCUGAGAACAGUGGGGCCGCGCUCCUGGCCGCACAUGUUGGCCACUCGGUUGCCAUGCAGGUCUCCAACCACAUGACGGAGAAGAAGCCCUUGCAGAUGGUGGCGGGGGCUGACGCCGAGGCGCUCACGGACUCCUGGGAGGCGCUAUCCCUGGACACAGAGCACUGGAGGCUACUGCUGAGGCAGCUGGAGGACUGCCUGCUCCUGCAGAGCCUGCUGCACAGCGGGCCCCCGCGGCCCCGGGCCUCCACGCUGCAGGCCGAGCCACUGCCCCAGCUGUCCGUGAAGAAGCUACUGGAAGCGGGGAAAGGUGGCAUUGCAGACAGCGUGGCCAAGUGGGUAUUUAAGCAGGACCUGAGCCCUGCAGUGUUGAAACUGGCUCAUCAAGACAGAGAUGAGAAUCCAGAUGAACCCAAGGAAGGUGUCCACGGAGCUGUCCUGCACACAGCAGAGGCAGAGGCUGACUUGGGAGCCAUCGCAGACCUGCUGCGCUUGGCCUGUGAGCAGUUUCCCUGUAGCCUGGAGCUGGACGUCCUGCAUGCACACUGCUGCUGGGAAUACGUGGUCCAGUGGAACAAAGACCCGGAGGAGGCGCGCUUCUUCGCGAGGUCCGUAGAGCACUUGAAGCACAUCGCCAACGCACACGUCCAGCACGGCAUCGCGCUCAUGCUGUGGAACACAUUCCUGGUGAAGCGGGUUUCUGCUGCUGCGUACCUGAUGGAUAAGGUCGGCAAGUCACCGAAGGACAGACUGUGCCGCAGGGACGUGGGCAUGAGUGACACGGCGAUGACGCCCUUUCUGGGCUGCUGCUUCGACCUCCUGCAGACCCUGAUGGAGGCGGAUGUGGGCAGGGAUGAGAUGCCGGCACCCGUACUGGACACCGAGGACGCGUGGCUGGCGGCGGAGGGGCCCACGAGCAUCGUGGAGCUGGCACUGGAGCAGAGGCCCGUGCACUACCCGCUGGUGCAGCACCACUCCGUGCUGUGCGCCGUGCUGGCCGCCGUGGCGCGCUUUGCGCUCAAGGCCGUAAAGCCACUUGCGCUCUUCGACAGCAAGGGAAAAAACGCAUUUUUCAAAGACCUGACUACCAUCCAGUUAUUACCUAGUGGGGAGAUGGACCCAAAUUUAAUCUCCCUCCGACAGCAGUUCUUGCUGAAGCUCGUUAGCGCCGCCGUCCAGGCCCAGCACUCAGUCCGGCAGAACGGAGCACCCUCGGGACAGGUGGAAGUGGGUACCGCGCCCUCUCAGGACCAGGACUGGCCGGCUCUGGCCAUGGACUUAGCUCAGCACCUGCAGGUCAGCGAGGACGUGGUCAGAAGGCACUACGUGGGCGAGCUCUACAGCCACGGCGCAGACCACUUGGGGGAGGAGGCCACCCUGCAGGUACACGACCAGGAGGUGCUGGCCUCGCAGCUGCUGGUGCUGAGCGGGCAGCGGCUGGCGCACGCGCUGUUACACACGCAGAGCCGGGAGGGCAUGGAGCUGCUGGCGCGGCUGCCGCCCACGCUGUGCACAUGGCUCAAGGCCAUGAGCCCCCUGGACCUGCAGAACCCCGACGUGCCGAUCGCCACGACAGCCAGGCUGGUGCACAGAGUGGUGGAGCUCCUGCCCGAGAAGCACGGGCAGUACAGCCUGGCCCUGCACCUCCUCGAAGCCGUGGACGCUGUGCCCAGGGCCCCGUCGUGACGGACGGGCCGAGGCGGAGCAUGCGCGGCCAUGCGACGCAGCAGCAGCAGCGGGUUUUAUGGAAUAUGUUCUCCUUUUGUAAGAUAAAUAAAAAUAUAUACUACUUUUAAAAAGUGCAAUCCCGGCCAAAUUCCACUCCUUUGGUUAAUGCUGAAGAUGAACUAUAAACAAAUGUAACACUGUAAUAGUACAGAUGUUUUACUGUUUAUUUUUCAUUUGGACUGUAAGUAGCUUUAUUGUUAAACUUUGCUAUUUAAAACUGGCUUUGAUUUACUGGU